CCUCCACACUCUGAGGUUUUUCCUAAAUUCACGUAUUAUCCUGAUGGAACGUUGGAUAGUAUGUACCUUGAGCGGGGAACGAUCAUUGACGAUACUGGCGUAUAUGUGAUUCAUCCAUUUCCAGACAGGCACGCCCAUAGAGCCAAGAGAGGCACUGAGAACGAAACUGGAGUUCAUGUCGUUUUCAAACGGGAAGCCGUGGUGCCAGUUGCUGAUUUUUGUGGUCUAGACAAUGUAGUGACGGAAGAGCAACUUACUGAAGACGAUUCGGCAAUAUUUGAGGAUGUUUUUGUCACGGGACAACGGUUACAGCAAAUGAGCGACCUAGUGGUAGAACUUGCUGUAUUCGUCGACGAGACCCUAUGGAGGCAUUUUAGCAGCAAAUACGGAAGCCAAGCACAUCAUAAAUUGCAAGAUUACAUGCUAACCUUGUUGAAUAACAUCCAAAUCAUGUACUAUCAGCCGUCAGCAUCUCCACCGUUGACGUUUCGAGUCAUUCGUUAUGAAUGUUGGAAUGCGACACGACGAACCAUAUUGUCCAUCAAAGCACAUCAUGAGCUCUUCAUUAGGCCCGGUGCUCGUGGUAAGAACUGCCUGCGAGUUUCAAAUAUGCCAACAAAGUUAACGAUACCAACCAAUACGAAGCCUGGCCAGAUUUACGAUGCUAAUCUGCAGUGUGAAUUGAUGCAUGGGCCAGGUUACCAACAGGUGACACCAAGGCAGGACGCUUUCGAUGGGAUUUGUUACAUGAUGUGGUGUGGUCAGUCGUCAUUCGGCAGGAUCAUAACUUCGCAUCCGGCUCUUGAAGGUCAUUUCACUUUAUCUGAACCAGUACACAUUUUGUCAUGUUUUUUUGCUUCAACGAUGUACUUUUGUCGCGGCUCGUUCAAGAAAAACGAUACAACCGCGAAAGGCACAUUCUGUGGUCCAAAUAAGUGGUGUCAAUUGGGAAAGUGUGUGCCAUGGAACGGAAAUCGCAACACAGCAACAACAUCUCCUACCGCUAACAUGAAAAGCCUUUCACCACAGGUUCCUUCUAGUCCAGCUUGGGUUGUACCUAAGUACAUUACGGAAAAGUGUACGGAACACAAAAAGCUCAAGAACGAUCAAGAUCUUACCGGUUCCGGCAGCCAGUUGAAUCGUUUCCCGCAAAGAGCCUGCAAGGUAUUUUGCGAUGUUGCGAAUCGUCUCGGAGGACAAAGAAACUAUCGAUUCUUUGGCGAUAACUUGCCCGAUGGUACAUCUUGUGGUUACGAUCGUUACUGCCUUGAUGGCGAAUGUUUGCCGCUCUCAUGUUCGAGCAAUGCGCUAAUCGGUCGUGACCUAUCCUGUCCGACAGAGACUUGCCCGAGUGACAAUUUGCCUCUUUGGAAGGGCGAAUGGGGACAAUGGAGCCUGUGGACAACUUGUACAGUAACAUGCGAUCGCGCACCUGUUCCGUUAAAGGAAGAUGCGAUGGUCCAGAAACGGAGACCGAGCACUGCUCUAAAGCCUCUUGCCCAAAAAUUGUAG